AAGUAACAGAAGCACUCUCAUUCGUAUAGCCAUCUCCGUAUUGAUUAAGUCCGGUAGACUGCUCGUCGAUUUACUGUCAUCCAAGUGGCGCAGGCUGACCCGACCUUGCCGCACCAGCCGGUGAGGCCUGGCCGUACAGUUAUACUCUGUGGGGACCUCUCGCGGGGCUUCGGUACAUCGUUGGACAUCAAUUGCCAUCUAACACUCUCUCAUUCUUUUAACAACCAAUCCAACUUACACCUCUCCAUCCUUUGCUUCACAUUUCUUGUAUCUGCCGUCUUUGCACACUGAUCGCCAUGGGUUCCCCCGAAGAAGACACUCCGCGACUCAAGGAUCUGACCAUCGACAACAUCACCGACAAUGUCAAGGCGAUCAACGACCAGGGCUCGGACCCGAGACUGAAAUACAUUCUCGAGCGAGCGGUGCAGCACAUCCACGACUUUGCGCGAGAGACGAGGCUAAGCCAUCAAGAAUGGAUGACGGGCAUCCAAUUCCUCACGGCCGUGGGACAGAAGUGCACCGAUGUCCGACAGGAGUUCAUCCUCUUGUCCGACAUCCUCGGACUAUCCCUCCUUGUCGAGAGUAUAGACCAUCCCAAGCCAGCCGCCAGCACCGAAGGAACCGUGCUGGGCCCCUUCCAUUCCCAUGACGUCCACGACGAGCCCAACGGCGCCGUCAUCUCCCACGACCCCGACGGCGAGCCCUGCCUCGUCGUCUGCAGCAUCAAAGACACCGACGGCAAGCCCGUCGACGACGUCAAAAUCGACAUCUGGGAAGCGGACAGCCACGGCUUCUACGAUGUCCAGUACGCCGGGCGCGACGGCCCGGAUCAGCGCGCAGUCAUGCGCAGCGGCAAGGACGGCGUCUUCUGGUUCAAAGCCAUCGUCCCCGUCCCUUAUCCCGUUCCUGCAGAUGGGCCGGUCGGCAAGCUGUUGGGCCUGCUGGGCAGACAUGCUUACCGUCCAAGCCACAUGCACUUCAUGUUCGAGAAGCCGGGCUACGACCAUCUCAUCACCGCACUGUAUCUUCGCGGCAGCAAGUACGAGCACACGGACGCCGUCUUUGGCGUGAAGGAGUCGUUGCUCAUCGAUCUCAAGCCCGUUGAUGCCGAGAUGGCGAAGAAGUAUGAUGUCAAGGAGGGUACCAAGCUGAUUUCCUAUGAUUUCGUUCUCGUAAGCGAAGAGGACUCGCGGAAAUUGAGGGAGAAGAAUGCGAUGGCUGCGAUGGAGAAGCUGGGCCGCCGCAUGAAGCUGUACAAAGGCUUGCCCGUCCCGGAUGUCGAUUAAUUGUUUAUAGCUAUAAAGUCUCUACGAAUGUAGUAUUCCACUCCGCGCGAAUU